CGGUCUGGGAACCGCUCCAUCCCCACCCCUCUGAUAUAAAUAGGGCCUCGGUGGCCCAGCCAGGGGAAGAGGCUGUUCUUGUUUUGGGGACUCGAGCAGAAGGGAAGUGAGCGCCCCUGUCAGAGAUGGCUCCUGCCGGGGUGAGCCUGGGGGCCACCGUCCUCUGUGUCCUGGCCUGGGCCGGCCUGGCCGCCGGGGACCGGGUGUACAUACACCCCUUCCACCUCCUCGUCUACAGCAAGAGCAGCUGUGAGCACCUGGAGGAAUCCAACACGGAGAGGCCCAAAGACCCGACCUUCAUGCCGGUCCCGAUUCAGGCCAAGACGUCCCCGGUGGAUGAGCAGGCCCUUCGAGAGCAUCUGGUGCUGGCCACUGAGAAGCAGGAGGAGGAAGACAGGAUGCGGGCAGCGAAAGUGGGGAUGAUGCUCAACUUCCUGGGCUUCCACAUGUACAGGCUGCUGCGCGAGUCCUGGAGCACGGCUGGAGGGACUGUCCUGUCCCCAACGACUCUCUUUGGCACGCUGGCCUCUCUCUACUUGGGCGCACUAGACCCCACGGCCAGCAGACUGCAGGCGUUCCUGGGCGUCCCCGGGGAGGACCAGGGCUGCACCUCCCGGCUCGAUGGCCACAAGGUCCUCUCCGCCCUGCAGACCAUCCAGGGCCUUCUGGUCGCCCAGGGGGGCGCGGAUGGCCAGUCCACACUGCUCCUCUCCACGGUGUUGGGCCUGUUCACAGCCCCCGGCCUGCACCUGAAGCAGCCCUUUGUGCAGGGCCUGGCUCUCUUUGCCCCCAUCACCCUCCCGCGCUCUCUGGACUUGUCCACGGACCCGGAUCUUGCUGCAGAGAAGAUCAACAGGUUCAUGCAGGCAGUGACAGGGUGGAAAAUGGACAGACCCCUGUCAGGAGUCAGCCCAGACAGCACCCUACUUUUCAACACUUACGUCCACUUCCAAGGAAAGCUGAAGGGAUUCUCCCUGCUGGCGGGGCUGCAGGACUUCUGGGUGGACAACGCCACCUCGGUGUCGGUCCCCAUGCUCUCAGGCACGGGCACCUUCCAGCACUGGAGCGACACCCAGAACAACCUCUCCAUGACCUGUGUGGCCCUCAGCAAGAAUGCCUGCCUGCUGCUGGUCCAGCCCCACGACGCCUCGGGCCUGCAGAAUGUGGAGGCCCUCACCUUCCAGCACAACUUCCUGACGUGGGUGAAGAACCUGUCUCCCCGGGCCAUCCACCUGACCAUGCCCCAGCUGACACUGCAAGCCUCCUACGACCUGCAGGACCUGCUUGCUCAGGCCAAGCUGCCCACCCUGCUGGGUGCCGAGGCGAACCUGGGCAAAAUCAGUGAUGACAAUCUCAGACUCGGAAAGGUGCUGAACAGCCUCUUUUUGGAACUAAAAGCAGACAAGGGAGAGCAACCCACAGAGUCUGCCCCACAGCCGGAUGGGCCCAAGGCCUUGGAGGUGACCCUGAACCGCCCGUUCCUGUUUGCCAUUUACGAGCAAGACUCCACGGCCCUCCACUUCCUGGGCCGUGUGGCCAACCCGCUGAGCGCGGUGUGAGGCCUGGCCCGCCACCGAGACGCACUUGUCACCGUGAGCAGGCAGGAGCCCACAACAGUGCUGAUUUGUCACCCGUCUUCCACUCUGCCUUCCAGUGAGUCAGCUCGGAGCUGGAAAGAAGCCGUUGUGCUCCCAUCUAACGAGCAGCAGAACCUGCGGGCAAAAGGCCUCCCGGGUUCUUAGGUUUAUCUUGGGCCAUGUGGGGGGAGCCAAAAACCGGAGUUGAGCAUAGGACAACUGUUCAGAAAAAAGUCUGAACAGACCAACUGGUCCGUGAAACCAAAAAGUGUUUCCUUUUUAUCAGAGAACAGAAAUUGGGUUUUAUAAUUACACAGUUUUCACUGCCCUGGGUGCACGUUUGGCUAGGGAAUGUGAGCAGACUAGCUGCCAUCCCCACGAUGCCUUAGCCUUUGUUGGUUUCCCGGUCUUCUUUCCCAGGAUACUGUGAGCUUUGAAAAACACAAGCAUCUGAAUUUAUGUUAGAAUGUAAUACCAUGGCUGAUUAUCCCUUGUGUUAUUAAUAAAUGUCUUGCAACAAUAAA